AAGGUUUUGUUUCGAGAAAUGUGCAUAAUAUCGUGGGAUUGUUUUGCAAAAAUGAAAUGAAAUUCCACACUGCGUUGACAUGUCACACAAGGGUCAAACUAUUUCAGAACGAUUAUUAUGCUGAACAAACACUGGUAGCUUAGUGUUUACGGGAGUAAAUGCGUCGUGUGUUUCGUUUCUUGUUUGUCAGUUUCUCGACGUACGUGUUGUUAUUGACGCUGACGUCUCAGACGCUCGCUGGCGCCGCUGUGAUGACGUGUGCAGGGGCGGGACACUUCUCUUCGGACGUGUGGCUGAGCCAAUGGGAGACGAGAGAGGAAGUGCGCCGCGGCUGAAUUGGCCUGAAGAAUGGCUCGUGCGCCUCCAGGACGGCGGCUGUUCGGACCCCGUCGCUGACGAACCUCGGAAUGUGAGUUCGGUGGCUGCAGCUCGAGUCCGCAAACCGAGCGAUGCGUGAGGAGCCCCCGGGGCGGGACUAGCAGCGCCUGAGCUCGGGCUGAGAGCAGCCGCGGCCGCGGCAGGUGGAUGCGCGCGGUCGCCUCUAUGGAUCGAACCCAUGGAUGUGUUCAAACCCGCCUCGGACAGCAGCGCGAGCCCCCACGUGUGCGACUCCUCGGCGGAGACAGGCGUGUUCCGGUGGCCCAGCUCGCCUCGAGAGGCGGCGGCGGGCGGCUCGUGGACGGCCGUGUUCGACUAUGAGGCGGCGGCCGAGGACGAGCUGAGCCUCCGCAGGGGCGACCUGGUGGCGGUUCUGUCCCAGGACUCGCUGGUGUCCGGGGACGAAGGCUGGUGGACGGGCAUGGUGGCGGAGCGGCUCGGCGUCUUCCCCAGCAACUACGUGAGCAGAGGCCGCCGCAUCCCGGAGGAGGCUUCGGAGCAGCGCGUCCCGCUCCCGGCUCUGCACCAUAUUGAUUUCUCCGAGCUGACGCUGGAGGAAAUCAUCGGAGUCGGCGGUUUUGGGAAGGUGUACCGGGCCGUGUGGCGCGGCGCCGAGGUGGCGGUGAAGGCGGCGCGGCGCGACCCCGACGAGGAUGCGGCGCAGACCCUGGAGAGCGUCCGGCAAGAGGCCAAGCUCUUCGCCAUGCUGAGCCACCCCAACAUCAUGGCUCUGCUGGGGGUCUGUCUGCAGGAGCCCCACCUGUGUCUGGUGAUGGAGUUCGCCCGCGGCGGACCCCUGAACCGGGCCCUGGCCGGGAAACGCAUCCCGCCGCGAACCCUGGUGGACUGGGCUGUGCAGGUGGCCCGCGGCAUGUUCUACCUCCACUGCCAGGCCGUCGUCCCCGUCAUCCACCGAGACCUCAAGUCCAGCAACAUCCUGAUCCUGGAGCGAGUAGAGAUGGACGAUCUCAGCAACAAGACCUUGAAGAUCACAGAUUUCGGACUGGCCCGGGAGUGGCACCGCACCACCAAGAUGAGCGCGGCCGGCACCUACGCCUGGAUGGCUCCCGAGGUCAUCCGCUCCUCCACUUACUCCAAGGGUAGCGACAUCUGGAGCUACGGCGUCCUCUUGUGGGAGCUGCUGACCAGCCAAGUGCCGUUCCGGGGAAUCGACGGUCUGGCGGUGGCGUACGGCGUGGCCAUGAACAAGCUGUCGCUGCCCGUGCCCUCCACCUGCCCGGAGCCCUUUGCCCGUCUGAUGGAGGACUGCUGGAGUCAGGACCCUCACUCUCGGCCCAACUUCGCCGCCGUCCUGGAUCAGCUGACCGCCAUCGAGGAGUCGGGCUUCUUUGAGAUGCCAGCCAAGUCCUUUCACUCUCUGCAGGACGACUGGAAGCUGGAGAUCCAGGAGAUGUUCGACCAGCUGAGGACCAAGGAGAAGGAGCUGCGGUCCUGGGAGGAGCAGCUGACCCGGGCGGCGCUGCAGCAGAAGUGCCAGCAGGAGGCGCUGAGGAGGCGCGAGCAGGAGCUGGCUGAGAGGGAGAUCCACAUCCUGGAGCGAGAGCUCAACAUCAUCAUCCACCAGCUCUACCAGGAGAAGCCUCACGUGGAGUCGCGGCAGGGCAGGUUCCGCCGGCACCGGCUCAAGCUCCGGGACGGGAACAGGAUCAGCCUCCCGUCAGACUUCCAGCAUAAGAUCACGGUGCAGGCCUCGCCGUCACAUGACCGCCGCCGCAGCCUGCUCAGCAGUGGCUCCAGCCCCCCCAGCAGCCCCCUCAUGAUCCCGCGCCUCAGAGCCAUCCAGCUCGCUCCAGGAGAGGGCAGCAGCGUGUGGGGCCCCUGUACCGACCUGCAGCCGGAGCCGGAGGAGGAGGAGGAGGGCGGCGGCCGCAGGGGAUCCAGGAAGUCAGGCAGGUCCGGUGGGUCCGGAGCGCAGCGCGAGCACAGCGCCGACGCCUGUGUGAAGCCCAGCCAGGAGGGAAGCAGGCAGAGGUCCUGCAGCGCCCCCAACCUGCGGAGGUCCCCGCGACACAGCCCCGCCGUGCCGGGCGUGGCCAGCCUGCUGGAGACGGCUGAGCAGGAAGACCCUGCCCCGGGUGCCUCGCCCUCCCAGCUGGCGCUGCUGGGCUGCGGAGCGCUGCUGGCAGCCGUGGGUCUGGGCUGCGACCUGCUGACGCUGGGUCGGCUGCAGGGCGGCGCCAGGCCCAGGUGGGAGAGAGCCGCGGGCCACAGGCGCCUCUUCAGGCGGGAGGCUCCCGCCAAGCCCUGCUCGCCCUCGCAGCCCGCCGCCCCCCCCUACACGCUCCUGCCCUCCCCCUCAUGCUUCCACCCGCUGCCCAACCCUCUGGUCAACACCCAGGUGGAGAGCUUCAAGAGGAACUCCCAGCAGUCGCUCACCCCCACACACGUGCCCGCUGUGCCCAGCGCCUCCAGGGGGCUGCGCCGCACGCCGUCCGAUGGCGCCAUCAAGAGGAGCUGCCUCCCCAGCCUGGAACCGCUGCCUGAAAGAUCUGCCCUGGAGAACCCAGGAGGCUUCAGGGGCUCCGAGGUGCCUCGUCUCCCGGAUCCCAACCUGGUGUUUCCUCCGACCCCCCGCCGCCGCUGCACCCCAGAGAGACCCAAGACCCUGGACUUUGUAGCGAGACCUCGACCGUUCGCCCGCUCCAGAUGCGAGGUGUUCAGGGCCCGGGGAGCAGGACCGACCCUUGCUGAUGGUGAGUCCCCGGCCCAUACCUCCAGCACUGAGACUCCUCCCACCAUGGAGUUUGGCAAAGAGCCAGCGGCGCCGCCCUGCUGGCCUCGCGAGGGCAGCAGUCUCCUGGACCAGCAGGACGAGGGACAGUGCCGCGACGGAACCAUCCCUCUCUGCAGACCUGAACAAGUGAGCUGCUCCCAGCUAGCCGGGGCCGGGUCCUGAGCUACUGCUGCUGCAUCCAUGUCCUUCACGGUCUUCACACUGGUCUGGGAUCAUGGACAACGUCACUGUUUUUACUCUGAAACAAACCUGAGGGUGACCACGGAGCCUCAGACGUGACACACGCGGCUUCACAACACUUGACCCUCAGUCAAAGAGGUGUACUAUUGUAAAGCGUCAUGAAUGUAAAGCAUCAGGUCUUCCUCAGUGUGGAAUCACCCUCCGCUCCAGUCUGUUCUCGGUGUUUCAGCGGAACAUCACCUCACUAUUUCUAGGUCACAACAGGACGACGUUUUGUACAUGUAUUUAUUUACCAGAGAAUAUUGUUUGUUUUUUGUGUUUGCCUUCAUCUCAGUUCAUAUGAGGACCCGUGAAACUUUCUCAGUCACGACACAAUAUGCAGCCGUCUGUUUUUUCACCUUCCUGUCCAACAAGUGAACGUCUGACGUCAGAGGUUGGACCCGCCACAGAUGGAUGUCCUGUCAAUUGCCCGACCCAUUUUCAUCUCUGUGAUGCACCAAACAUCAAAGACCGAACACACGUCAGUGCACCUUUAGAUAGCUCGUGACUGUUGCCACAAUUUUGAUCGACUUCAAGCGAUCCGUUCAUUUGAAGCGCACAAACCUGUGUUCGCUGUCUUUGUGGUCAUGCUGAAUGUAAUAGCGCCUCCUGUCCAGGAGGAGUCACUGUUGCGCCGUUCUCUUCGCUUGUUUUCACUAUUAAACAGACUUGAACUGGACGAACGUUGUACGGCUCUUGGUUUUUGAUCA